UUAGUAAAUCCCCUCUUCUCCUUGUAUUCAAUAUGACAAACAAUGAAAAAAGUGUGAUAUAUAUAAAAGGUUUAAAGAGAGAGAUAGGGAGAGGGAGAGAGGAGGGAUUGCAAUUUGCAGGAGUUCUAAUGUCUGCUAGUUUUGGACGCUGAAGAAACCCUGUUGUCCCUUUGUUUUUAUUUGAAUAUCAAACAAGUUUCUAGGGCUUUGAAAGUGAUGUCCAGAGAGCUAUAGAGGCCUAGCUAGCUAUUUUUCUUGCUGCAACUUUCCCAACCCUUGAGACCAGAUCAACACAGGAGUAGUCUGCAACAGUACGAUUAUUUGGUAACAAAAGCAAAUUAGUGAAGAUGGCAAUGAACGAGAACAACAAUGGACUCAAUUUCUCCCAUUUGCCAGCCCAUCUAAUCGCUUCACAAUAUGAUCAUUCUCAGAUAAGAGCUCUGAAUGUAACCCUUGGUGACCCCUGCCAACCUCAGGGUACUUCCCUUCCUAUGCAGUUGCAUUAUGCUACUGAUGCUCUCAAAAGUUCAGAUAUUCCCAGAAACGUCUCUGAACAAUAUCCAUUGGAGUAUGGAACUCCGUCGCAACACCAAAACUCAUCAGAAGCCCCUCGUUACAGUCAUUCCCUGCAAAAUGCUAGUUGUGCAUUGUCAUUAACACUUCCUGCAGAAGGACAAGAUCACGUCUUGUAUGAUAAGAAUAGUGGAGAAGGCAACAAGAUUAACAAUGAAAAAGGGAACCCUAGAGAUCCAUCCAAUGCAUUGUCUUCAAAAAAUAAAGGAGAAAAGAGUGUACCGGAGAAUGGAAAAAGUUUAGAUGGAGGAGUGCGCCGAAGAGCUCGUCGUCAAAGGCCAUUACGAACAUUUGGCGAGAGAAGUUCCCAAUUUCGAGGUGUUAGUAGUUCUAGGUAUAGGUAUACGGGACGUUAUGAAGCAUUUCUAUGGGAUAACACAGAUCCACAAGGAAAAGCAAAGACAGGUGCUCAAGUUCAUUUAUUUACUUCUUUCUUCUAAUUUUGAGAUUUUUUUUCCUUCAUCAAAUCAAAGUGUUAUUUGUUUAGUUGCUAAUUGUAUUUUCUUUCAUCAACACCAUGUGCAUCUCUUGCUCCCAUUCAUGGCAUCUUGCAGUUUAUGUUGGUGUGUUUGAUGAAGAAGAAGAAGCAGCGAGGGCUUAUGAUUUAGCUGCCCUUAAGUUUUGGGGCAAGUCUACCCCAACAAAUUUCCCGAUAAGUGAUUAUGAGAAUGACUUGGAGGAGAUGCAAAAUAUGACCAAAAAAGAAUAUUUGCUUUCCAUUCGAAGGAAAAGCAAAUGCUUCUCUAAGGGCGCAUCCAUUUACCGAGGAGUUUCUAGGAAUACUGACUAUACAAAAUGGCAAGCAAGAGUUGGGAGAGGUCAUGGAUUGAGAGGAAUUUAUUUGGGAACAUUUGAUACAGAAGAGGAAGCAGCGAGAGCCUACGACAUCGCAUUGAUAAGGUUCAAAGGGAUGAAAGCAGUGACCAAUUUUGAUUUAAGUCAUUACGACGUUAAAAGUAUUUUGGGAAGCAAUACAUUGCCCAUCGGCAAAGGUGCUUCAAGGUUGUUGAAGAAGACUUCGGUGAAUGAUGUCAUUUCAAGGAGAAGAAAAGGCUCAAAUGAUCCAAUGUUUGGCUUACAAAAGGAUAGCUCAAGCAGCUUUCAACCCCACACACAAAUUCAGUCAUUUAACCAGCCUGAGACUACAAAAAUGAUGCCAUCUGCACAAAACCAAGAAGUUGCCUUUCAUCAGGAGGAUUCCAAAUAUGCUAAUGAUCAUUUGGCAAUGACGCAAGCUGGAAUUGAGAGUCCUUAUUGGAAGGGAUUCAAAGAAAUGCAACAAUUUGAAAGACUUCAAACACUACCUACAAACCCCCAAGCCCAAAAUUUCAAAUUCCAUCCUCAAGGCUGCAAUGACAUUAACCAGGUCCUACAUCAAAACCCUAGCUCCUCCCUCCUCUCUCAUGGCUAUCAAAAUCCCAAGUUCCAAGUGAACCCUACAAUUUUCCUUCACCAAUUCAUGCCGAGUAUUGGAAGUGGAGUGGAAAAUGAUGAAAACUUUUCUGAGAAGAAGUUGAAGGGAGUUGGACCAAUAGAGCCAUUUGAACAUUUCCAAGGUACCCUAUCAAACCCCCAAGACCAAACUUUUGAUCAUUUCCAUGAGAAAUGCAAUGAGACCAGUAGCCAAGUCCAACACCAAAACCCUACUUUCUCAAUCUGUCAUGGCUAUCAAAACCCUUUGUUUCAAAUCAACCCAAACUUGUUUCUUGGGUUAACCGACAUUGGAAGUGCGACGGGAACCCAUGCAACCCUAGAUGGACAACUUACAGACAAAGGCAAUAUUUCUGAGAAGAACUUGAUCACAAUAAUGGACACUAUUCAUGGGAGCUCAAGUGGUGCAGGAGCUUGGAGUGAAAUCCAACAAGUGCAGCCAUUUGAUCAACAUUUUCAAACCCAACACCCCCAAAAUCUUCACUUUCAUCAUAUUCCUAAGGACACCAACCCGCUCAUGCACCAAAACCCUAAACCUCAUGCUAAUCCUCCUUUCCUUAAUGGGUUGGUCAAUGGAAUAAGUGGGGCUGGAGUUAGCGAUAGCACAAGAUGCACCUUGUUUGGAGGAAAUCCAAGUAGUGGGUUUUCAAUUUCAGACGGGAAUUCAACAAUAAUAAUGGGGAAGGAGGGUAGAAUGUUUUCAACAAGUGGGAGAAAUGGAUUUCCAAUGAUUGGAGCUAGUGUGGGGGAAAACUCUAGAAGGGAAAUGAAUGGGGAGGGUGGAAAUGGAGGGUGGACUGAAAAUUUUGGGUCAGAUGAACCAAACAUCAAUAGUCCUUCAAGCUGGUUGGAGAACUUCUUCAAGGAUGCAGACCCUCCUAGCUUCAUCUUAUAAGGUAGGUUUGCUUUAAAAAUGAACACAUGGGUGUGAAUUUUAGCUUCAUCUUGUAAGGUAGGUUUGCUUUAAAAAUGAACACAUGGGUGUGAAUUUAGUUCAGUUAAUUUGUUUGAUAAAUUCUAAUGAACUAUUAGAGCUAUGGUCCUCCUUUUGGAACUAGGAGGGUGAGACAUGUUGUGUUGUAUCAUAUUGUAGUUGCAGCUUUCCUUUCUAAUGGUGAAUGUUCAUGAUUAAGAUUUAUCUA